UCAAAGCGAAUCUGCGGUCAGGGGCCGGGACGUUUGUGGGUCUUGCACCAAUUGCACGGCGCAUGCGCGGCGCGCUCUCCGCGGAGCUGGGUCGGAGCAGUAAACCUCCGGUUGUAGGAUGUGCGGGCGCCCUGGAGAAUGACAGAGGUCGGAGCAAGUUGGCUGUGACUGCCCAUCACAGCGUCGGCUACGCCCCAUCCGAGCAAGAUCACCAAGACCUACAUUCUUUGUGGCUGUGAAUAAAUUACUUAGCCAGAUUGAGCCUCGGUUUUCCCAGCUGGAAAGUAGAACUAAUUAUUCAUAUCUACUGGACUGUUUAUAAGCUAGAGAGUGUUGCCAUAUGAAGGAGAGCAUGGCAGAAGAAGAGGACUAUAUGUCGGAUUCCUUCAUUAAUGUUCAAGAAGAUGUCAGACCUGGCAUGCCAAUGCUGAGACAGAUCCGAGAAGCCCGUCGAAAAGAAGAAAAGCAACAGCAAGCUAAUCUGAGAAACAGGCAGAAGAGCGUAAAAGAAGAAGAACGGGAAAGACGUGACAUUGGGUUGAAGAAUGCACUCGGCUGUGAAAACAAAGGGUUUGCUUUGCUCCAAAAGAUGGGAUAUAAGAGUGGGCAGGCUCUGGGCAAGAGUGGAGAUGGUAUUGUGGAACCAAUCCCUCUUAAUGUCAAAACAGGAAAAAGUGGCUUAGGUCACGAGUCAUUAUUAAAACGGAAAGCAGAGGAGAGGCUGGAAAACUACAAGAGAAAAAUUCACAUGAAAAACCAAAAUGAAGCAGAGGCCACUGAACAGUUUCGGAUGCGACUGAAGAAUAAGCAGGACGAAAUGAGGCUUGAAGGAGACCUGAGAAGAAGUCAGCGAGCUUGCCAGCAGCUGGAUGCCCAGAAGAAUAUUCAGGUUCCCAGGGAGACGUGGUACUGGUUGAGGCCUGAAGAAGAGACUGAGGAAGAGGAGGAGCAAAAGGAAGAACAGGAUGAAGAUGAGUGCCCGAGUGAAGAUUUGAGUGUGCUGGAAAAACUGCAGAUCCUCACCGGCUACUUACGAGAAGAACAUCUGUAUUGCAUUUGGUGUGGGACAGCAUAUGAAGAUAAAGAAGACUUAUCUUCGAAUUGCCCAGGACCAACCUCUGCGGAUCAUGACUAAGAUUGUUCCCAAUAAAGUAAAAUUCUUUA